UUCCCUGAUUUCGACCAAUUUUUUUUGUCAAUAUUGGGGAGGGUAUUCUAUCCUAUCUAACUAAAUUGGGAACUACACACUUGUUUCCAAAUUAAGUACAUCUGGGUCAGCAAAAACCUAGAAAGAGUUUUGCCCCUAGGUUCCAGGACCAAGAAUGGUGGUAUUUGCCUGCAAUGCGUGCGGUGCCUCCAUCAAGAAGAAUCAGGUGGAGAAGCACUAUCAGCAACAAUGUCGCCGGUGUGAAAGCCUCUCCUGUAUGGACUGCGGGAAGGACUUCUGGGGUGAGGAGUACAAACAUCACAACAAGUGCAUUACUGAAGACGAAAAAUAUGCAGCCAAAGGUUGGCAGCCCAAGUCUAGUGCAAACAAAGGUGAACGUAAGCAGGAAGCGUGGAUAGAGGCCAUCAACAGGAAAGUUGAAGAAACAAAAGACAUGCCUCCGGCCCUGAGCCAGCUUCUUUCGACACUCACACAGCAUGGCAACAUUCCAAGGAAGAAGAAAAAGUUCCAGAACUUCGUGAGCAACAGCGUUAGCAUCAGAAAUCACGCGCUGGUGGAGCAGGCGUGGUCAGUGUUUGAGGCCGCUGUGGUUAGGCAGAAGGACGAGCACGGGCCGUCCAGUGAUGCGAUGAGGGUUUCUCAGCAGGAGAACGGUGUGCAGGACGCUCAAGCGCAGGAACCCGAAAUUGCGCACAAGAAAAGGAAGACGAAGGAGACCAUAACCACGGAAAAGGUUGAGACGGAAGCAGACCAGAUCGAGAAGAAGAAAAAUAAAAGGGACAAGAAAAUGGAGCGAAGCAAAAAGAAGACAAAGCAUGUUGAAGCCACCAAUGGGAAAACCUCUGGAAAACGGAAACAGGAGGGCGAGGAAAAAGCCGAAAGCGGUGUGGAUCCAGACGACGGGUCGAGCGGUAGAAAGAAAAAGCGAAAACUAGACGCAGAUGUUGAUGUGGAGCGACUGAACGCAACAUUGGACGAGUCAGCGCUGAUGUCCGUGCAUAGGCCAAACAAAUUUGAUUGGCCAGGUGUAGUACUUGCGUUGCUGGGAAACCGUGAUGACCGUGAGCUGCCGCUAAAGAAACUUCGAAAGAAAGUAGUCACUGAGUAUCAGAGUCGAGGGGGAGAGGGAAAGACAGAUACGACGAAAGAAGAAAUAUGGGCUAAGUUGGACAGGAAGCUGAAGAAGAUGCCUCAGGUGAAGGUCUUGAAGGAGCAUGUAAAAUUGGUGAGUGCUUAACAGAUAGCACAAGGAAAUUGGCCUUUACGAUGGUUUUUAUCAGGUGUGUAUGUUGUGUCUCCUUAUGUCGUUGUCAGCUCAUUUUUUGAAACCAUCACAGUUGAUUCAGUCGGAAACACUAAUAGCAAUAUGUGCCCUGCACUUGAUCUGGGCCAAAGAAAUACACAUCGCUCUGUAUU